AUGGCGCAGCGCGACAAGAAGGAGGAGCCCACGGAGCUCCGGGCGCCGGAGAUCACGCUGUGCGCCAACAACUGCGGCUUCCCGGGGAACCCGGCCACGCAGAACCUGUGCCAGAGCUGCUUCUCGGCGGCCACGGCGUCGAGGUCGUCGUCGUCGUCGCCGCCGCCGCCGCCCCCUACCUCCUCUUCCUCAGCUUCAGCGCCGGCGGCCGCGGUGUCGCAGCCGAGGCCGGCGCUCGUAGACGCAGCAGCGGUGGAGCUGCAGGCCUCUCCGGCUGCUGCAGCCGUGGGCCAGUCUAUGGAGGUCGUCGCCGCCGCUCCGGCCGCAGCGAGGACGUCGGUGAACCGGUGCUCCAGCUGCCGGAAGCGGGUGGGGCUGACGGGGUUCCGGUGCCGGUGCGGCGAGCUGUUCUGCGGCGCGCACCGGUACUCAGACCGGCACGGCUGCAGCUUCGACUACAAGGGCGCCGGCAGGGACGCCAUCGCCCGGGAGAACCCGGUGGUGCGCGCGGCCAAGAUCGUUAGGUUCUGA